GGUGGUGGUGGUGGUGGUGCUUUGUUGCUGCCCCUCAGUUUAGGGGCGAAUCGUGUGACCCCUGGGUUUCCACCCAGAUCCAAAAGCUGACCUUCCAGACUUCUCAGGGCUUCCAAGUCGCUUUGCCCGAGAAGCUCUGGGUCGCCGACGGCGUGGAUCAGGGCUCCAGUCCCCCUCGAUCCUUAGCACUACGACCUUGCCGCAUCCACUCUCAGACAUUUUCUUCAGUAAUUUUUUUUUUCUCAGACGAAUGAGUUGAACAAACCAGUUUUUAACUGUGUUCGCAGGUUUUUUAAAAAUCUCGGGGUUUCUGACCCCGCCCCCCCCAAACUAUUCCAGGAGGUCCAUAGGCGCUCUCCCAUUCAACCAUUGUUUAAUGUCACUGUUUGAACGAACAGCGUUGAUUUUGGUGCCAGAUUCACUUAAGUGGUUAGUGGCAGAUUAGCACGCUGCAUUUUAGAAAGGUUUAAUAAAUAAUAUGGAGAUGGUCUCUCCAUUAAACAGAGACCCCUGGUCAUAAACAUAAGACCCGUGGUCGGUGUUACAGUCCUGUGGCCAGCAAGUUCUUCAGGCCUUGACUCACAGACUGUGCAGCCUUUGCCUACUGAAUUGCAGUCCAAAUGUGUAUAUAGUUCUUCAUCCUGCUGCAGCUUCAAUUAGUAGCAAGUUCCUGAAUGUUAGAUUUGGCCUGGAUCAGUGUGACCUGUGGUCACUCUGUCCUUCACCGUAGUGUUCAUUUUCACUGAUGCCUGCUGGUAGGAUUCUGUGGCAGUCACGUGUUUGGGCCCAGUCAGCCUUAGAGCACCAAGAGCAAACCCUUAGUCCAACGAAAGGAAACCCUUAUCCGGAUUCCAAACAGAUGAAUAAAUUGAGAAGGGAAGCUGAAGAUAGAGACCAAACUAACAGCCUUAUCACUACUAAUGAACGAAACUUAGUGCGGAGCCAGACAUCUGGAACAGCUGUCCAAAGCCUGAUGCCCAGAUACUACUUGGCAUUGCUUCUCCCCAAGGCAGACAGACAAGGAGUUAACUGAGAAUUCCCCACAUUAAAUGGAAGCAGCAGCUUAUAUCUUGAGGUAACUUUCAGUUGGUUUAUCCUGCCACCAUUCGCCAAGCCCUAUUGGAGAAUUUUCACUUCUGUUCUCUCAAUUUUAAAAAAACUAAGGUUGCCUGGGUGUUAGUCCAAAUCUUUUGUCUGGUCUAUUUGAGGAAAAACAAAAAUUACAUAUCUUGUUAAUAUUAUAUAAGACUGAUUGGAAGGGAUGUAUUGUAUUUAACAUCAUAGUAAAAUUAUUUAUAUUUCUUUUAAAACAUAAGCCUGGCCCUCUAUGAUUUUUUCUUAUACUAUCAUUUGAUUUUUAUGAAUAGCUCUUACAUUUUCAGAUACAUAUUCAAGUAAAAAAUAUUUCUACCUUUAGGUCAUUGCAGCAAAUUUUGGAAGAAAAUUUAGGUUUUUUAAUUAUAAUAGAUGUUCCUACUGUUAAUAUAAUGAAUUUUCCUACGGUUACCAAUUUCAAGUAAUCCUUUUCUAAGGUUUACUUAACUCUAGGAAUGUAAUUACUCUAUGCUCAAUAACGUGGCUAAUCUGUUUCUUUUUGUUUCCUUGCAAAAAAAAUGUGUUCUGAUGUAAUGUUUUCCAGUAAUAAAAUCUUUCACAUAGCAUGGGAACUAGUUUAUGAUUUUGAGAACUGCCUCAUGUCACAGGUGUAAUUUUUAAGGGUACUGUGUCCUGAAUUGUCCAGUUUCUAAAACUGUCAUAGGAAGUCAUUGUGACUCCCCAUUUGAGGGUUGAUGAGUUGACCAGCUGGGCAGAUUUUGAUAGGGCAUCUUUGUGUAGCAGUGUUACAGAGCGGAGAGGAAAAUUGUAGGCAGUAGACUAGGCACAGUGGUACACCCUAGGAUCCCAGCACUCAGGAGCCAAAAUAGAAAUACUGCAGACUCAGAGCCAGCUGGGCGAUUGCAUAGUAAGACCGAGCCUCAAUAAAAAGGUAGGGAAACUGAAUAGUCAUUUUAAUUUUACUUUAAAUAUAAUUACAACACAUUAGAAAAAGUUAUGCCAAAGUGGAACAAUAAGCCUAGUAAUCCUUUCUCAUAAUGGCAUAAUAAUAUAUGAGAAUAUAUAACUUAAUCUAAUAAAUUUAAAUCAAAAUGAUAUGGACGAUGUCCUCUAACACUGGCUCUUGUGUUGUCUGAAAUGUGAACUAUAGUGCCAUUUCCCCCUCUUAUUGCUGUAGGUGAAUAUCAUCAAGGAGAGACCAAAGACAGAUGAACACAAACCUUACCCAUGCUCAUUCAAGGACUGUACUGAAGUAGAGCUCGUGGCAGUUGUGUGUCCCUACUGUGAGAAGAACUUCUGCCUAAGACACCGUCAUCAGUCAGACCAUGGGUGUGAAAAACUGGAGACCCCACAGCCUCGAAUGAGUGCCACACAGAAACUUGUCAAGGAUAUUAUUGACUCCAAGUCAGGAGGGGCAGUAAGUAAAGGCCGGAAAGGCGCGAAGACCAGUGGCACAGCCGCGAAGGUGGCCCUGAUGAAGCUGAAGAUGCAUGCUGACGGGGACAAGUCACUGCCUCAGACAGAGAGAAUUUACUUUCAGGUUUACUUACCGAAGGGGAGCAAAGAGAAGAGCAAAGCCAUGUUCUUCUGCCUCCGCUGGAGCGUUGGGAAGGUGGUGGACUUCGCAGCCUCUCUAGCCGGUCUUAGAAACGAGAACAACAAGCUGAUGGCAAAGAAGCUGCGGCUGUGUCACGUCCCUUCAGGAGAAGCCUUGCCCUUGGAUCAUACUUUGGAAACCUGGAUCACCAAGGAGGAUUGUCCUUUACAUAAUGGAGGAAAUGUUAUUUUGGAGUAUCUUAACAAUGAAGAGCAGUUUUUAAAAAAUGUUGACUCUUACUUGGAAUAGUCACUCAAGGAUUAGAGCCAGAAUUUGCAAGCAGAAUUCAUCCUUUUACGACAGAUACUUUUGUAAAAACUCUGGAAGUUGCUUUUUUAUAAUUUAUUUCCAUUAGAUCAUAAUUUACAUCAGUUGUUUUCUACUAAGUUCCAGGUUUUGUGUUUUAAAUUUGAACUGUGUAUUAGUAGUUAUGGCAAAGUAUUAUUUUUAUUGCUGUUUUUCCAUUCUUACGGCAGAGGAGGACGCAGGUGGCAGAUUCUUCGGUACUUGUCGUCUUUGUUUUAACUAGGCCCUACAAUUAAGCCUAAUUGACUAAGGGGCCAGAAUACACAACCUUCUGUAUACCUAAAUGAUGAUGUGUGAUUGGAAUCUGCGCAUGAAUUGUGGGGUCUCAGCCUUCCUCUCACUCAGUCUUCCAAGGGUUUGGAUAAGAAACCUCAUAUCUGAGAAGGGAAAGUUAUUUUCUUGGUAUCAUGUAAUUGCACUGAAUAUAUUUCAGGUAAUGGAUUUUCUCCAGUAGGACUCAUGUUUCUGUUGGUAUGUUGUAUGAGAACAGAGACGUGAGAAGAGCGAUGAGCAGACAGUCCCUUUGUUACAGUCCCUUUGUUACAGUCCCUUUGUUACAGUCCCUUUCAUUGCACCAAAGCAAAAUACACACCAGCAAUUAUUGCAUUUUAUCUAUAAGUUGAAAUAAGUCCUUUUGGGGAAUGCUUUUUGUCUAUACUUGAGAAUGAAUGUUUCUGUGUAUGAAGGACUGCACUAAAGGAGGAAAUAAAGUAUUUUUAAUUGUC